GGUUCAAAUGCUGACGCCCUGGUCAACAGCUGUUCACUACACGUGAUUGUGCAAUUGUUGUUGCUGCGAUCGCCGCCCACCUAACGCUGCGUGGAGAAAUCUAUCCGGCAGCGUUUGGCGUUUUUCAAAUAUUUGGAAUAAUUUCGAUUGGAGUUCAGUAUCAUGUGUUUUAAAAUUCAAAUAUAAUAAACUUUCCUGGCCACCACAAAAUGGAAUCCGAAGACUAAGAGCGCCUGAGGAGACCAUGCUAAAUUUCAUUUCAAUCGCUUAGCUAGUGCGAAUCGGUAUUUAUCACAACGACAAGAACCGAAAACAUCAGCAAAAGAUGUACCUCCUGCGACGAAAACUACGAAUCCUGCUCUCUCGGGGCAGCUACAGCAUAUUCCGGCAUGCGGCGACGGGAGCUGGAGGCGGCGCCGGCGCCGGCGCGGGCGCGGGUGUCAGAUCUGGAACACUGCAGAAAAUGCGCGAAUGGCACAGCAGCGCGUUUAGUAAUAAAUUUCUACUAUUUACCAACGUUGGCAUUUCGCUAACGCUCAGCUCGGUGGGCGACAUCCUCGAACAGCAGCUGGAAUUGUACAAUAACGAGAUCGAGACAUACAGCAGCACACGCACCCGGCACAUGGCGACGAGCGGCGUGGCCGUUGGCAUCAUAUGCCAUUAUUGGUAUCAGAUGCUGGACAAGUAUCUGCCCGGUCGCAGCAUGCGUGUGGUAGCCAAAAAGAUUGUUCUCGAUCAAUUGAUCUGUUCGCCGCUCUACAUAUCCGCCUUCUUUGUGACGCUGGGCAUACUGGAGAGAAAGGACGCGCACGAGGUGUGGGAGGAGAUCAAGGAAAAGGCCUGGAAGCUCUAUGCAGCCGAAUGGACCGUCUGGCCGGUGGCGCAGUUCGUCAACUUCUACUGGAUACCCACGCACUAUCGCAUCUUCUACGAUAAUGUGAUCAGUCUCGGCUACGAUGUGUUCACGUCGAAGGUGAAGCAUUCACCCUCACAUCUGCCCAUGACCACCGGCACAUCAUCGACCAUGAAGAAGCUGACAAUGCAACAGGCCUAACUUAUUUAUACAAAGCCUUUUCCUUUUCAUUUAGUUUAUUUAAUAUACACCCAAACAUCUUGUAAAUACUGUAUGCAAUUUUUUGCAAUGAGCUUUAACAGCGCGAUAAAUGUACCUUGACGCUAGCCGCGCUGCGGCUGCUCUCUCAAUAAUAAAAAAAA